AUGAUAGAUAGAUAGAUAGAUAGAUAGAUAGAUAGAUAGAUAGAUAGAUAGAUAGAUAGAUAGAUAGAUAGAUAGAUAGAUAGAUAGAUAGAUAGAUAGAUAGAUAGAUAGAUAGAUAGAUAGAUAGAUAGAUAGAUAGAUAGAUAGAUAGAUAGAUAGAUAGAUAGAUAUUUGUGUUCCCUACUUUUCGAUUAGGCCAGUUCCUCAUUUCGUCCAGCAGGGGACCGAGCAGAGAAAAUGUGGGAGGAAAGAGAAAAGAAAUCCAGGGAUCUGAGUCAGCAGCAACAGCGGCUCCAGUCUGCUUCUCCUCCUCAACUUCCGUGGAUCGAUUUCAGCUCUGAUCAGCACAAAAGCAACACUUUAAUGCUCAUCAAUGAACAUGCACGAGUCCACAUUACAGUAAGAAGCAAUCCGUGGGAGAAAAAACAAGCCGAAACGCAGAAGAGAGAAAAGUCGGUCUCGAUGAGAAGCGUUGAUGAACAAGAGGAUUAAAACAGAUCUCCACACUCAGCACAUGUCCCUCUGCUAAACAUUUACCUCGAAGCUUCAUGUCCACCCGAAUUUCAGCCAUGAGCGUUCUCCCUCCUGUCCGAAAGGACCGCAUCAUCGCUCAGCUCCCUAAGUAUUUCAAGAAAGAGGCAGCUCUGCACACAAAGGAGGAUUUCAACAAUAAAGUGAAGACGGCGUGUCAGGAGCAGCGAACCGGCACCGUGGGAUUUAAAAUCUCUAAGGUCAUUGUUGUAGGUGACCUGGCCGUGGGGAAAACCUGUCUGAUUAAUAGAUUUUGCAAAGAUGCUUUUGAUAAAAACUACAAGGCAACAAUCGGGGUUGACUUUGAGAUGGAGCGCUUUGAGGUGCUCGGUGUUCCUUUCAGCCUGCAGCUCUGGGACACUGCGGGCCAAGAGAGGUUUAAAUGCAUCGCUUCUACAUACUACAGGGGAGCCCAGGUUGUGAUUAUCGCCUUUGAUGUAAAUGAUGUUGCCUCUUUGGGCCAUGUGAGGCAGUGGCUCGAAGACGCCCUGAAGGAGAACGACCCCACAGCCGUACAGCUGUUCCUCGUUGGCACAAAGAAAGACCUGAGUUCUCCUGCUCAGUAUGCUCAGAUCGAACAAGACGCCCUCAAAAUAGCACAAGAGAUCAGCGCAGAGUAUUGGGCUGUGUCUUCACUGACAGGGGAAAACGUCAGAGAGUUUUUCUUUCGAGUUGCAUCUCUGGCAUUUGAGACCAACGUCCUCGCUGAGCUGGAAAAAAGUGGAACGAGGCAAAUUGGGGGCGUCGUCAGUGAGUAUCCACCCUCCUCUCUCUGUGAUGAUAAAAAACUCCACAUUUGUCACAUUGUUUUAACACCCAGCUGUUAAUUUGUUUCAGGAAUUAACAGCACGUCAAACAAUGUGUACACUACAUCAAAGAAGAAACAGCCAAACUGCUGUCAGUAAGGAUGGAUGCAGGAGUUUAAAGUCAAAGGUAAAGACUGAAAAUGAGGAAAAAGCCUGCAGGGAUUUUCUGUGGUCAAAGCAGGAGGAGGGACUCUGGAGUUCUGACUGCCUGACAUGUUUGAGUUCAGUUUUUCCUGGCCUAGAAAGAGUUUUCCUCUGUGGGAUGUGGAUUCUUGUGGCGUUGCUCAGUUUAACUUGUCUGGAGUUGCAGAGUGACACAGCAAUUACACAUAAAUGACUGUUCUGGUACUAAAGAGAUGCCAAAGAAUGACUGAGGAUAUUUUUAAUAUGCUGUAUGUGUGUAUGCUUAAAUAUUCAGUCUCGCUGCUGUAGUUUAAGAUUUUUUUUCACAGUAUUACUCUGAUUAACUUUUAAAGGGAUGUUUUGGAUGUAUUAAAGUGGGGUGUACGGAGGUAUUUAUCCAGAGUAUUAUCUACAGUAGAUGGCGAUUAGUGGCCUCUAGUUUGGAGCAAAGCACUGAAAAAUGUAUUUUAUUCACCUAAAAUGAAGCCCACGUUAAAUAAUCAGCUUCAGUAUAUACUAUAUAUUUUCAGCCCUGUUUAGAUUUACACUUGGGGAACUGAAGUCGUUCUAUGUUCUCUUCAAAGCCACCAGACUCGUUUGACAAAAACAGUAUUUUUACCUUCCAGAACAUGAGCGGGUCUACUGUUUGUGUUUUUGUGCGACUUUGUGUUAUUAUGCUAAUAAGGAGUAAGUUUGGAUUCACCAAACAAACUAAAUAAUCGAGGUAGACCAGCAACUCUUUUCUCAAUGAAGUCUGGCGGCUUUGAAGAGAACAUAGAACGCCUUCAGUUUCCUCCACAUCAACUUUUUAACGCCUGUCAGCAAGGUUAGGCAGUGAAAAUGUUCUAAAUAUAGCAAACACUUAAAUAGAUAUUGUUUCUUUUUAUGGAGGCAUUUUUUUAGGUGACUAACAUACAUUUUAAUAAUGCCCCCGUAAAUUGCUAAGCUUCUGUGCCAAUACUGCCUACUUCUCCAAACUGGAGGCUGCUGACCCCCUUCGACUGUAGGUAUAUAACACCCCGCUACAGAAACUGAACCAAGGACUGUUGUUUUAAUUAAUGUUUUUACUUGGUAUUUCACCUCUUUUCAUUAAUUCUCACAGAAGUUAAAAAUGGAGUCAUAAGAAGAAGGAAAAGAUUUAAAAGUCUGAAAAAAAUAAGGAGAAUUAUGUAUAUCAGGAUUUUUUUCCCUGCCAUCCUGUAAAUCGUAAUCUUACAUUUCUUCUGAUGACUUUGUGGGAGUCUUGAUCUUCUGGUUGCUAACCAUUUCAUAGGGAUUUUUUAAUUUUUUAUUUACAGUGUAUGCUUCAUAGGUACGUUUUUGCAUUUGUUUCCAAUCAAAUCAGUGACUGAAUUCAGUUCAUGUCUGUGUCAAUAACUGAAAUAGUGUGUACGAAUAUUUAAUCAUUUAUUGUUUUUACAAUUUCUCAUGGUAUGUUUUACAUGUAAUAAAAAAAAUCGUUUUA